CCCAUUCCUACCACGGGCUUCUAUUCCUCUCCCCUCAACCCUUCUCCCUCCGUUCCUCUGCAGGCUGACGGGGAACGAACCCCUGACCAUCCUCCCUCUGACCUCAGAAAUGGAGGAAGCUGCCAUCAAAGCCCACUACAAAGUCUGUGACCGCUUGAAGCUGGAGAAGAAGCAACGUAGGAUGUGCCGGCGGGACCCCGGCGUGGCCGAGACCCUGAUGGAGGCCAUCAGCAUGAGUGCCCUGGAGUGCCAGUACCAGUUCCGCUUCGAGCGCUGGAACUGCACCCUCGAGGGUCGCUACCGGGCCAGCUUGCUCAAGAGAGGUUUUAAGGAGACAGCCUUCUUGUACGCCAUCUCCUCUGCAGGGCUGACCCACGCCAUGGCCAAGGCGUGCAGUGCAGGGAGGAUGGAACGUUGCACCUGCGACGAGGCCCCAGACCUGGAGAACCGUGAGGCUUGGCAGUGGGGUGGCUGUGGUGACAACCUGAAAUACAGCAACAAGUUCGUCAAGGAGUUCCUGGGGAGGAAGCCCAACAAAGACCUGCGAGCCAGGGUGGACUUCCACAAUAACCUCGUGGGCAUGAAGGUCAUCAAAGCUGGAGUGGAGACAACCUGCAAAUGCCACGGCGUGUCUGGAUCCUGUACAGUCCGAACGUGCUGGAGGCAACUCUCUCCAUUCCACGAGAUAGGGAAGCAGCUGAAGCAGAAGUACGAGACCUCCCUCAAAGUGGGCAGCACCACCAACGAGGCCACGGGGGAAGGGGACAUCUCCCCACCCAAGAAGUCCAUCCCUGGUCACAGUGAUCAGAUCCCAAGGACUACGGAUCUCGUCUACAUUGACGAUUCCCCGAGCUUCUGUAUGAUGAGCAGAUACUCUCCUGGGACUUCGGGAAGGAAAUGUUACAAAGACAAGAACUGUGACAGCAUCUGCUGCGGGCGAGGGCACAACACGCAGAGCCGGGUGGUCACCCGCCCGUGCCAGUGCCAGGUCCGUUGGUGCUGCUACGUGGAGUGCAAGCAAUGCACCCAGAGAGAAGAGGUUUACACCUGCAAGGACUGAGGCGUCUUCUGCUCGAUGGUGGCGGGCGCUUGGCCAUCUAGGAGAACUACGUAUGGAGACAAACAGGGUUUGAUUGACCUUCUGGGAUCUGAAAGCUAUGUCGAGACAUAAGCACUUUGUAGGGUACAGGUGACCCAGCUGUGUUGCUGUUUUGUUUAUUUUUUUGUUUUGUUUUCCUGUAGACUGAAUUUUAAUGAGGUCCAACCAUGUGGAAAUAAGUGCCUGUCACACUGGGGUUAGACACCAGUUGACCUUCACCUCCGUCGUCUACGCAGCUCGACGGAUCGUUUAUCCUUGGGACAUCUUGAUCGUUUCACCAAUCCUCCAUGAACUCCUGGGCUAAUAUAUUCUCCUUGGCAUAAAUAACCUCUACUACUUCCUUCCUGAAGCUUACCCAACUGC